AUGUCUGAGAGUGUUCCGGGCAUCCCCCAUGACCCACUCAACAGAUCCAUGCCAGGAUCCCUUCACCGCAGGCGAGCACUGGUAAAAGGGGAAUUUGAUAUUUAUCGAAGAAGGGAAUAA